CAGAAUGCUGGCCAUUUGGUUUUUAUUUGUUGCUGUAUCUUCAUCCAGUGAUUUCAUUGUAGAUUCAGUAACAGCCAACGAAGUUUGGCAAGCUCCGGGCUGCCAUAAAGUCGGACACACUAGGAAAAUUAGCAUCCCAAAUUGCGUAGAAUUUCAUAUGACAACCAACGCCUGUCGCGGUUACUGCGAAAGUUGGGCGGUCCCCUCUCUGCCGAAAGUCACCCCUAGCCAGCCAAUCACGUCGAUCGGACAGUGUUGCAACAUCAUGGAAACCGAAAACGUUUCGGCAAGAGUUUUAUGUGUCGAUGGAAUAAGGACGCUAACCUUUAAAUCGGCCGUCACCUGUAAUUGUUACCACUGUAAGAAAGAUUGAAGAUGCGGACGAUGUUUUGAGUUGUUUGGAAGUUGUGUAUAUUUCCGGUUAACUGAAUAUAGAUUUUAAGUAUAUUGUAAAUGUUAUGUACAUUACUGAUUAUUGUAUAUAUUGUACUGACUG